AGGGAGAGCUUAUCCAUGACACCACUAUAAAAAUACAACACAGUUCAACAACAACUGGAAGCCAAGGCAAAGCAGUGUUGACAUCAUCAUCUUCUUCUCCAAUCCAAGCUAUAUAUCAUUUCAGUUUACAACCCCCUUUUCAAGAGCUUCACCAACCCCUCACUUACAAGUCCCUUUUUUUUAGUCUUUGUUAGUGCUCUAUCAAUGGCAUCAAGGAACCUUUUCAAUGCAAGAGCUAACAACAACUACCCUACUCCAGGGAGUGGUAAUAAUCCAAUCACUGGUCAUGACGACGUUUUUGAGCUCGACGAGGCUGAUGUUUGGGAUUCUAACGUUGCUCCAUUGUUGGAGAGCAAGAAAACGAUACCAAGCUCACGUUGUUCAAAGAGAGCUCUUAGGAAGUUUGAUCACAUGGCCAAGGACGGGACCCCGGUGACAUGUGCAUCAUUGCCGGUCAACAUACCAGACUGGUCCAAGAUUUAUAACGAUCAUCAAAAGAAGGAGGAUAUUGAGGGCAGUGUUCAUCCGGUUGAUGAUGAUACUGACUAUGAUAAUGAUGGUGACGACGACGACGACGAUCAAGACGGUAGAGUGCCUCCACAUGAAUAUUUAGCGAGGAGGAGAGGGGCUUCUUUCUCUGUUCAUGAAGGGAUAGGAAGGACCUUGAAAGGGAGGGACUUGCGCCAGGUGAGAAAUGCGAUUUGGAAGAGAGUUGGAUUUGAAGAUUAGCGAAGAAGCUAGAGGGAUUUAGUUAGCUGGGAAUUUAGAUAUGAGAUGGGAUAUACAAGAGUUAAGAACGUAGAAGAAAGACUCAGGAACUCACUGAUUGUUUUGCUUUUAGAUCCUCAACGUCUGUCUUCUUACUGGUUUUUGGAUAAUAACGGUGUGCUGGAAAGUACAGGUGAUAUGGACUGAUCCUGUGGCGGGUGGCAGGCAGGAAAGGCACAUAUUGCUGUCUUCGAUGGUCAUCUUUGAUUAGAGAUCCAGCAUUCAUUUCUUUUUUACCCUUUGAUUCCUCUCGCUCCAUAUUCCUCUGCUGCCUUUCUCUGGCUCUUGCUGCUAUUAUUUAUUUAUUUGUUUCGCAUUUCCUAAAAUGUAUAGAUGAGUGGAUUUUGCCUUAUGUGUAAAAUUGUACAUGAAUUGCAAAGGUGACACUUGUACUCUUA